AUGUGCCACCAAAAGCCACUGGUCCCUGUUAUGGGCAAUCUUAGCGUGUUUCCACCGGAGAUUAUAUUCAAUAUCCUGGAUGAACUUUUGGGGAGCUCUCCUAGAUUGGAACAUGAAGACUUUCAUCCCAUUACCCAGCUGAUAAAAACUAACAAGACACUAGAACAAUACAUCAGAAUCGGAUGGAUGGGUAGCAAUGCGUCGAGCAGUUUCAAGCAGCGUGUCAAUGCCGUCCAGUGGUUCCCAAACAUCGAGAUUGCGAAUGCAAGCCUAAUCCUCCAGGGCGUAGACCCCGAAAGCAUCAUGCCGAUCGAAGGUCCCCACGACCUAGGCCCCGAUCUCAUCACUGGUAUCAUUUUCGACGACUGCACCGAUUGCUUUGAUUUGUUCUCUGAGGUGCUGCCUCCCACUUAUAUGAGCUGUUGCAACGAGGGCGGCUGGUCAUUCCUUUCUCUUGCACUGCAUGCUAAAGCGGAGAAGCUACUUGACCGUUUCUUCCUCUCUAGCUUCCCUCCCGAAUCAAAGGAUUUUAUCGCCGGUAGCGCUAAUGCUAUGGGGGUAGGACCGACAAACCUUGGAGUUUCUGCCUCUUCCAGGAAUCAUCAGUCUUUCUCCAAGCUCUUCAAGAGACUCAGGGAAGACUUGAACGGGAACGGCUUCCAGAGGACUGUUAGAGAGAAACUCACGCCUAAGGAGCGAGCGGCUAUUCGAAGUGUUGCUCCUCAGUAUCUCCAGAAGAUGUUAUAUGAAGCUGGCCUGUCCCCUAUGCAUACGAGUCUUCGUUAUAGUCCAUACUACUCUGGUAAGCGCACCGAGAUGUAUUAG